CAAUUUGAGGUCCCACUCCAUGUGUACCUACCUAUACCCAUCCGUUGUCCGUUUCCCCUACCAACGUAAACAUAUCCUAAAAGGAUCUAAUCCUGUCCACUAAUAAACCAGUCCAUCUCAUGAAAUGGUCAAAGGAGUGCAAACAUUUGGAUUGGGGGUCCGCUGCGUAUCUUUUGUUCCAAAAGUCACUUUUAGGUCUUCCCAUAAGAGACCUUACGACAGGGAGGAAGGCAGAAAACAAAUAAGGUUUCCAGGUUUUCAUCGAGUGAAAGUCUAGCCUCUGUCGUCAGUGAUGAAUAGCAGGUGAUUAUACACGCCUUGUGUUUUCUAAUUUUUAGAGAGUUUUUCUACACAAUUUCCUUCAAAGAAUUUGGAAAUUUGGAGUACUUUUCAACGACUGUCGGAGGGUUAUAACUUUCGAUUGUCGAGGCAUCAACUAUGGAAUUAUGCUCUAGAUGAUAGUCAACACAAGUUUUGGUUUUCAAAGAUGGCGUCUCCCGAAGCAAAAGCUCCGGCAGUUUUCGUUGAAACAAUUAAAGAUGGAGUUGAUGACAACGGUGACGAGGGGCAGAUGACCAUAAUCGUUCCAGGGGGUGAAAGAUUCGAAACGGAGAACCGAAAAGAUAACAUGUUGGAUACGUUAAGAAAGAUGGGCGGACUGACCCCCAAAGUAACUGUCGGGGAGAAUAAGGGGAAGGUAAGACUGAGGUCUACACAAGAACUUCGAGAUAUGAUUGAAAAGAAGAAGAAAGAUUCCAAGCAGUCGCCAAUACCAGAAGAAGCUGAAGACUCCGACACUCAGGGGAAAGAAAACCUGGAUGGUAACGACGACUAUCCCUGGCGAAGAUUUUCGAAUGAGGGGACGCGAAGAGGGGUAUAUCCUCCCAGAUUGAGAAGCAACAGCGAUGAAGGGGCUCCACUGUUACGAACAAGCUUCCCUGCUGACGAUUACGGUGGUGGAUCCAGUCGAAGAUUACGAAGUCGACGACGACGCAUGUACGCUAAGGACAAUGGACUCGAAUUCACAGCGGAAGACGAGGAGGAAGAUCAAGACGUCGAUAUACACGCAAGUCGAGUGCGACGGGGAAGCAUUAUGAUCCCGGCGAUGACCCCGUUAACACGAAACCGUGGUCGAUAUCGGAAAGGUAGUCAAGAUUUAGCGAUUGAAGAGGAAAGCACUUUCGGCGACGAUGAGUCAGAUAUAGGAGGCAAACGUGGUAGUCGAUCACAGCUUCUAACCAGUACCAUCAUGAAGAAAGAUCAGGAAUCACAAAAGAGACGAUCGAGAUCACGUCGUACUUCACUUAUGCCUCAAUCGGAACAAGGUAAACUGCAACCUCCUAGAGGUCGAUUUCUGUCACUCCCUGGUUCGUCCAGGAGAUCGCGUAGAGGAAGUGUUUCUGACGUUGAAGAUGACGAGAACGACGAUGAUGAUGAUGAUGGACUUGGUAGGCUCAAUAAACGGGGUGGAUUCUUAUCUACUGGUAAUUCUAAUGAGAUACAGAAGACGAACAAGGAACUGAAAGAGGGGAUCAGAAGACGUAACAGGAAGCGGCUCCUUCGAAAGUUCAAGAUCUACUGCAAAUUGAUUACCUCGUUCCAUAGACUCUGCCAGGCUUAUUUUCUCAGUGUGAACGCAAAUAGUUCCGACUUUCAAGGGAUCCAUGGGUUGCUUGAUGAACCUGAGCAGGAACUUCUCUUCGAUGUCAGGAAAUUCAGAGCCAAUAAAGAAUCUGGAAUUUCAGCAGAAGCUAGAAGGAUUCUGUCAACAAGGCCAUCGAGCAGAACGGAGAAAGAUACGUACCAUGUCCUGAUCUCCAUGAGGAACUACCCGACGUUUUGUGAGUACCCUCUAGCCAUGCAGCAACAGAUCGUAGGUGUGGGGUGGUAUGCCUCCUACCAAGCACAAAGGAUCAUCCUCAGACAAGGCCAUUGGGCAGAAAACUUCUACUUCAUCCUCUCAGGAUCAGUCGUUGUGAGUGUGAUGGAUGAAGGGACCCAUCAGAACAGAACCGUAGUCUACCUGAACAGAGGUGAAACAUUUGGAGAACUUGGCCUCGUGAAUAGAGCCAAGAGACAAGCUACGGUCAUUGCCAGAGAGCGCAUAGAGAUGAUCGUUAUCAACGCAAACGAUUACACACGAAUCUUCAUGGCUGGUGGUCUAUCAACUCUACUCAACCCACAGCAAAAUGACAAUGCUUUCGUCAGAAACUUGCGCUUCUUGGAAGGAUGGCCUCUUCAUCGACUAGCAGAGAACCCGAAGAAAUGUGUCUUUUCUUACUUCAAACGUGGAGACGUUCUCAUUCGGGAGAGUAGAAGAUCUGACUGGAUCAUCAUAGUGAAAUCAGGAAGCUGCCAAGUCAUGAAACUGUUACGGAAAGCAAGGCCUAAAUCAAGGCGAAACAGCACUGCAGAUAAGGAUGCUGCAAGCAAACAACAGAAACGUUGGUCGCAACGUCUUACAUCCAAGAGCAUGGCUGGAACCCUCAUCGAAAACUUCGAACAGCGUAAGAAACGAGAGGAGUUCGAAAACUUCAUGAAAGACCUUAACGUCAACGAAGAUGGCUCUGGGAAGUUAGGCGAUCAAGAAGAACAACGGACAUCACCAGGCAACUUAAACAAGAGAGACGAUUUGGACGCUGAUACUGAUGAUGAGUGGGCCGAUGAAGCAAUCGACUGCGGCAAAAACGACAAGGAAUCAACGACCCCAUCGAACCCACAGAGUUUAAUCGGUGAUCAUAAUACUCCAACUAAACUUAAAUCUGCGUACCUGUCAAGGAAGAGAACCAAGUCACUGGAGGGCGUACCAAGUGUAUUCUUCGAGGAUGAGGAGGAUAAUGGAGUAGAGGAAGGAGUUAACCCAAUAGCGGACAUCUUGUUUCUACAUAACGUGCAGCAGAAAGCUGAGAAACAGAAGUCGAACGUCGGCAAGAAGAAGACUUUACUCGACGACAUCGGCGGGUCCGACUUCGAAGGCAUAGAUGUGGAUGAAAACACGGAACCUACAUGGGUUCGGGUCCAGACGCUUAUCAAAGGAUCUGUAUUCGGCUUGGCUGACAUGGCUUAUGAUUCCCAACCAAGCUUUGCCGUGAUCAGCAAUGGAGCUGAAUGUAUUCUCCUCUCCAAGAAACUCUACAUGGAACACGCCAGUAUGCGCAUGAUCAGUAAAUUACGAACACAGUACCAGCGGUACCCACCGGAAGAGGAACUCCAGAUGGGGUUAGAGGUCAAACUCAAAUGGGACCUUUACAAGACUGACACUUUGAAAGGUACUCUGCGAGAGAGCAAAUCGAGAGACAGAGCAACAAGAUUUAGAUAGCAUGAUAUUGGUCCAUCAUGAAUUUUAGUUGAAGUAAGCUGAGCUUGCUCGCAUAUGAUGCAGGGUGACCCAACCUCUCUUCCCCUUCCCCCGUCGUGUAGAUUGUAUUCUCCAGUAGGUCUAUACAGAAUAUGAGUAGCCCGAGUUUACAACUAUAGCACAACGAUACUGUUUUUUUGUAUUGCAUUUAUUUCUUUACUUUACGAAUAUCCGAUCGAAAUAUAUUAUAAAAACCACAAUUAUCUUCAACGGCUUUCAUAGUUGAGCUUUACACCCACAUUCUCCGUGUUUAGAAUCCUGCAAUUUGACAAAGCCAUUUAAAUAAUAUGAAUUUAUAAUAAGAUUUUUAUCUUUCUUGAUACAACGUGACUCUUGAAUGUGAAUGAAUCAGUGUCUUACCAUGACAAGUAUCGCACAUAAUAUACUUUAUAGGUUUUAGCUAACUUCCGUCAAUCCAAGGAGUGCUUCAGAAUAUAUUACUGUCUAGGACUAAGAAUUCUUGCUUGAAAGAUUAAACAAAUAUAUAAUCGCAUAUGACUUACAUAAAUUUAGGAUACUUCAUAAAAGGACAUCAAUCCAUUUCCAGGAAGUGGUAAAUAAAUUCAUUGAUAAUGAAGAAAAAAUGCCAUUCACCAGGACUGUAAAUAGUAUAGUUGUGACUCUACAUAGAAAUUGUUUGUGAAUAUUGUGAAUAUAUAUCUUUUUAUCUGUAAUUGUUAUUAUUUACAAUUUGUAUAUGUAUGAUGACAAUAGUGCCAAAGUUUGGAAAAUCAAUAAAAUGUGUUUUCUUCUUCCAAGUUUAAACAUUUGGUCUCUUUGAUUUGAA